CACAGCUAAAAGACCCUUGAAAGCAUUUGGCCAUGGAGUUGCUUGCGGGCGCCGCUGCUGCAGCAUGGAGUGGUGGAGAACUUUUCUCCUACAACCGGGAGAACUACAUGUUCGACAAGGAGCUUUUGAUGAAGCGGGAUUACCAGGCUCAAAAGAUGCGGGUGAAGAAGGCCGAGCUCUACCGCGAAGAUGUGAGGGACUUGGUGCAUCUCACAGUGCGGAAGAUGGACAACUACUUGGUGGUCAGCACAUUACAGCUAGGAUUUUGCAUGACCCUCUACGUGGAGGGUCGGCCGAAGCCGGAUAUUGGUUUGCCGCACUGGUUGAUGCAUCUCUUUGCGAUGUGCAACGCCGGCGCCUUUCUGUAUUACUUGCUGAGCAUUUGGUUAUCAAUGCACGCAUCAGUGGCAGCUCACGCCUUUGGAGUGCGUUUACUCACACAGGUGGUGCGUUUGCCUAUCCCCGAUGAUGCCACGUUGGACAAGAGCCGCUUCAAAGCGCAGCAAUAUGAAGGGAACAAGGUGAAAGAAAUGUUUCGGGUCCCAGUGCUGCAGCAGCAAUUCCAGCGCUUAACUCAAGCAAUGGACAAAACGGACGAGGAGGAUCGGAUGUCGGCCUCUGGGGCCUCGGUGACAAACUCCGAUGACGAAGAGGAUGAAUCCAACAUGAUGGUGGUGGAUCUUCGACACAUCCGACACUUUCGUCGGAUCCAAGCCCAUUGGCAAGCCUAUGACGCCUAUGCACGUGUGUGCAUGGCCAUGGGUACCAAUCAGUUGCUGCAUACUUUGAGCUACAUGAUGCUGGGCACGUUGGUUGCAGAGAACGAUGUGCCAUUUCCGGCUUUCUCCUGCGUGGUGAUUUUCACGGCCUGCGCAUGGGUUUUGGCAAGGCUUGACCUGUAUCUAUCUCGAAGAAUUCUGGCCGUGGCUGGUUUCUUGCUGGUUCUUCCUCCGGCCAUUGUGACUUUGAGCUUCAGCCUUCACCGUGGCUUCAGCAAGGUCCCGCAGCCCAUGACUCACCUUGCGACAGCUUUUUAUCGAUGUUUGGUUCCAUUGGCUUUCUUUUUGCACAUUCUGUGGAUCAUUUUCACCUUGUUUGUUGGAAGAGCCAAGAAGCGGGGCAGCGGCAUCGACAUGGCACUGCCUACCACAUUCCGUAGCGUUCUGUUUCUGGAUGUCUUCGGAUGGUUGGCGGAAGAAUCUGAGCAGGAUCUUGAUGAAGAGCCCACUUUCGUCUUAGACGAAGGCGUCGAGGACAUUCUGCCAGCCCUCAUUGUCAUCAACCGUCUCGCUGUUUCAGCGACGAAAUGCUGUGAGGUGAAGGCCCGGAGGGAGCUCAAGAAGAGCUGUGCCAUUGUGAUUUGUCGUCAGCUGCGAGCACGUUUGGCCAAGGACUUGGAACGCUUCGAAUCUGACGAUGUCCAAGCCAUGCUCAGCGAAGACGUCAGAGAGAUCAGGCGUUUGAGACGGGAGUUUGAUCAGCUGUGCGCCACCUUCACGGAGGCAGAGGCAACUCUUCCCGCCUCAUCGUCCAGCGGAGAGGUCUCACAGAUCCAGGGGCAGUCGGAAGAUUCCGAGCCUGUUUGGGUACGGGUGGAUCUGGAGAGCCAUGGUCGAAUGAUGCAGGUCUUCCAGAAUUGUGAAGAGGGCAGAUGUUUGUGCGAAGAGCCUCCGGCUUCAGGCCGCAUUCUGGACAUCCUUGGCCUCCGAGCAGAAAUUGCCAGGUUUUCAGAGCAGAUAGGUACCAUCAGACGACAACGAAGGCAACGCAGCAGGACCAGAUCCAGGCCAACCUUGAAUGAUGCCAUGGACGCACCCAGCAUGGACCUGACAUUCCAUCCAACAUCGGAGUCCGCCCCGCAGGUGUUUGACCCUGAAGAGGAAGAGGAGGAACGGCGCCGUGCGGAACGAAGUCGCCUUACGACCACUGGACGGAUGCCUUGGCGCACUGUGAAGCUGGGCAGUUUAGUGCUGAUCGGUGCAUGGGCCAUCAGCCUAGUGUGGAUCAUUGCCUACAUCAGCUUUGAAGCUAUGCACGGUCACAACACCAGCACCUUCGAUGAUACGCUGACUGCUGGCGCGAUGGGUGACCACGGUGGUUCGCUUUUGCAGCAUUUGGGUCACAAUCAGCACAAGGUGACUUUUGCACUUUCCACGGGCGAACUUGUGAAUAUCCAGAAUUGGCCCACUGCCUUUGCUCGACCAGUGGGUUUGGCUUGCCAUCGAGACUUUGGUGCUUUGAUGGCUCUGGAGAAGUAUGCUGUGCAUGUGCUGCAAGAAGCCAAUGGCACUACGAAAGACGCACAUCUCCUUCAGGACAACAUUGACCGCUGCAUUUUCGGAGAGACGGACUUUCAGGGCCAAGGCAUUCGCAGCUUCUCUCUUCAUUGUGAGGCGGUUGAAAACUGCUCGCUGUGGCUCCUAGCAGAGAACGGUCAUCAACUGCUGCGUUGUCCCUUGAGUCCGUUGGGUCUGGCAGCGGAGAUGAUGGAGCUGAAGGGUGGGCCAUGGCGUGCUGUGCAAAUACAAAGCCACCAGGAGCUUUGGGCCUCGCGCCAAAUGGGUGCCCUGGACGAUGAGAGGGAUCAGAUCGUCCUGCUUCGUCGAGCCUGUCAUCAGCAAUGCGACUUCUUACCACGUCGAGACUUGGAUGUGCCAUCCAGCCUCAACAUUGAUUUUCUUCUGCGUUGGCCCGGUGUUCCCUGGCUCUUCGCAUCUUCCAGAAAAGAGGAGCUUCUGCGCGGCUUUUAUUUGGAUUCCGUUGAAAUGCCCACAGCAAAAUUCAUUGAGCUCCACCAACCUCCAAGGCAGGGGGCAUGGCUUGGAACUUUGUUUGAACGACUGUGGGUCAGAUCAUGCUGA